CGCGGCGGGCGGGUGCUGGGGGCCUGCAGGAUGGAGGAGAGCAUGGAGGAGGAGGAGGGGGGCAGCUACGAGGCGAUGAUGGACGACCAGAACCACAACAACUGGGAGGCGGCGGCCGACGGCUUCCGGCAGCCCCCGCCGGCGCCCGCGCCGCUGCGGCCCGCGCCCGCCCGGGAGCCCCCCGGGGCGCAGCUGCUGGCGGUGCCCGCGGGCGCGGCGGCGGACAGGAAGGGCCCCAAGGAGGGGCUGGCCCUGGGCGCGCCGCCGCCGCCGCCGCCGCCCCCGCCGCCGCCGCCGCCGCCGGCGGCCCCCGAGCCCAACGGGGUGAUCAUGAUGCUGAAGAGCUGCGACGCGGCGGGGGCCAAGGCGGCCCCCGCCCCCAGCGCCGGCGCCAGCAUCAACAUCAACACCUCCACCUCCAAGUUCUUGAUGAAUGUUAUAACUAUUGAAGAUUAUAAGAGCACAUACUGGCCAAAAUUGGAUGGUGCCAUAGAUCAGCUUUUAACCCAGAGUCCUGGUGACUAUAUCCCCAUAUCCUAUGAACAGAUAUACAGUUGUGUGUAUAAAUGUGUAUGCCAGCAGCACUCGGAACAGAUGUAUAGUGAUCUGAUUAAAAAGAUAACCAGUCACUUACAGAGAGUCUCAAAGGAGCUGCAGGCCAGCCCUCCAGAUCUUUAUAUUGAAAGAUUUAAUAUAGCUCUUGGACAAUAUAUGGGAGCAUUGCAGAGCAUUGUGCCUCUUUUCAUAUAUAUGAAUAAGUUUUACAUCGAAACCAAGCUUAACAGAGACUUAAAAGAUGACCUUAUAAAGCUGUUUACGGAACAUGUUGCAGAAAAGCACAUUUAUAGCCUAAUGCCUUUACUCUUAGAAGCCCAGUCUACACCGUUUCAGGUCACACCUUCAACUAUGGCAAAUAUCGUGAAAGGCCUGUACACCCUCAGACCAGAGUGGGUUCAGAUGGCGCCAACUCUGUUUUCUAAAUUCAUACCCAACAUUCUCCCUCCGGCAGUGGAAUCUGAGCUUUCAGAAUAUGCUGCCCAAGAUCAGAAACUUCAGCGAGAACUUAUACAGAAUGGUUUUACAAGGGGUGACCAGUCCCGGAAGCGAGCUGGGGAGGAGUUGGCAUAUAACAGCUCAUCCGCAUGUGCGAGUUCCCGUGGGUACAGAUAGUAAAUGUAUUGGCUGCGCUUUCCCGAGGCCGCAGAGCUGCAGAGACUGGGCAGCGCCCCGAGGGGCCCGCACACUCGGCUCUGUCACGAAGCUGUUCUUGGAAGACGAUAUGGGACUUCUUACUUUGGUUUGUAAUUUUGAAAAACGAAAAAACAAAACAAAACAAAAAAAAACUAACACAAACGAAACAAACAACGGUCAGUUGCUGCUAGACUUGGGGAUGAUUGUGAAAUGGGACAAUCUCUUAACAACAGUGUGACUACAGACCUGAGAGGAACAAGCCUCUCAAAAAGUGACCAUGUCUGUGUGAAAUCUGACAGCCAAAAUUAGCAGCUUCCUCCAAAAAUAUCAGAGCAGAAGAGUCUUUCCUUUUUUUAAAAGCACUUGUUUUGUUCCUUUGUGAACUUGGCACGUCGACGUACUGGUUUCACAUGUCAAGAUUUCUUUUGCUUUCCAAGUAAGCAGAUCAGUGUUUUUUUCACACCCAUAACCAAAAAAACAAACAAACCCAUUUGAAAGAGUUGGUCUUUGUUUAGCAUUGGUCUUGUCGAGAGUAAAUGCUAACUCUGCUUUUGCCCCGACCCUCUCCCCCUCAGUCCACGACCUUUUUUUUCUACUCUGUGCCUUGAGCUUUGUGCACUUUGCAACUUUGUGAACGUGUUGUCCAACUCGCAGAUGCUUCCUGGGAGAGUUGACGGUGUGACGGACCCGCCAACCCCGGGGCAGUGUGACACUCCCACCCCCCCCCCCCGGGGGGCGGGAUGCUCAGUGGGAAGACAACAACAAGCUGUGCCCUCGUCCCAGUCCCCUGCUUCCUGCCGCGUGUCCAUGCUGAUGUUGGGGACCAACUCUUCUAGAACAUUUCCAUUCCCUCGGUCACUUACCACGAUCUCACCAGCUGCUAUAGUCUUGGCAUUGCGCUAGGUUAGGGGUGGGGAGGUGCCUUUAGCAUUAGAACUCUCUUCGCCAUGUGGAGAAUUGUACCCAACAGUGAAAGCUGGUUCCUGGGAUGCCCUAGGGAGCAGGUAACGGUUAUUAACCCCGGAUAUAAUCAAUGGUGUGGGUGAUCCCCGAUCCAUUUCAUUUGAAAUGGUUGAGAUAAGUACUUAAAAAACAAAAGUCUGCAAUCUGUGUCUAAAACAUUUUCUCUGAGAGUGAGAGUAGAGAACUAGCGUUGCUGUUUUGUGAUCCCUUCGCACCGUGGCAAAGUUCCAUUUUCUGUGUCUCCACACUGUCAGUGCGAUUUGGUCCUUAUAAAGGACUCUGAGUCUAGUUGGUUUUGAAGGACAAAGGGAAACAGGAAGACGUGGCAAGGCAAAUUUCCUUCCCGGUUUUGCCUGAAUCUGAAUUAAGCGUAUAAGGGACCGUGGCUUCCGCCUGGUCCUCUUGCUCUUCGGGAUGGAGGUGAGCUGAGGCUUAAAAGUGUAAUACUGGGGAGAAAUAAGUCAUGCCUUAGAAAUCUUCCUUGUGUAAAAUGUGUCUUCAAAAACCAAAAGGAGGGGGCUGGAGAGAUAGCACAGCGGGUAAGGCAUUUGCCUUGCACGCGGCCGACCCGGGUUGGAUUCCCAGCAUCCCAUGUGGUCCCCUGAGCACCGCCAGGAGUAACUCCUGAGUGCAGAGCCAGAGCCAGGAGUAACCCUUGUGCAUCGCCAGGUGUGACCCAAAAAGCGGGCGGGGGGGUGGGAAGGAAAGAUUGUCAGAAUGAAUUUUUUUUAAGUACUUAACCCAAGUUGGGUUGGGAGGGCGUGGACUCAGUUAACCGUGCGCAUCUCUGAUGGUGUGGGUAGACACUCAAUCACUGUAAGAAUGUCACAGGCCUCCUGAGGCUCUGUGCGUUUUGAUUUCCUCCUCCAGUAACAUCUGAGUCCCAAGGAAGAAUUCCUUUUUUAUCAUGAAGUCCAAAUUUACAGUUCUCGAUGGAAUGCCUGUUGCAGGCUUGUGAAUAAAACCCUUGCAGCUGAAGUCUCCCCGCCACGGUUUUACUGAAAGGGGUGAAUGGGAACAUCCUUUCAGUGUGGGUGAAUCUUCCAGUAUCUUUAAUUAUAUACCCAAAUGCUUUUUCUGGGAGGAAGUGUUCUUCUUUCGGCCAACAGCGGAAACUUUCCCUGUAAAAGCAUUGUAUUAUGAUGUGAAUUGGCAUUAAAAUCUUUGGAUGCUUUUGCAUUAUUAA